UCCCGCAAUGCUUCGCGCAGCUACGUCAUUGUGCCGUCAUUUUACAAGAUGGUGGUAUUUGCGUGGCAACGUCAAUGUUAACAGAAGAGAGACUGUUGGAAAGAAGAUUCAUCUGACAAAUCCAGUUUUCACCAGACAUUUUAAUAACCAAACUGUAAAAACAUCAACAAGAAAGUUUGGGUUUCAGUCAAGAUCUGAAUAAGCAGAGUUGAAGCCGUGCUGAUGAGAAGAAAAUCAUUUGGAGGACAUUAACUUUGACCAAUAAGGAGUUGAAAUGAGUUCUUCAGAAGAGAAUGUCUGGAGAGGAUUUAGACAGACACUCAUUAACCUCCACAUUAACAAAAGGCUUUUUUCCCAACAGCAGCAGCUGAAAAAGACAGACACAGACAGGAGCAGACCUCAUCAGUGUCAAAACUGCGGGAAAUCAUUCAGUCGGAUUUGUAGUCUAAGAAGACAUGAACUCACUCACACUGCAGAGAAACUGUACCACUGUGAACAAUGUGGCAGCAGUUUCAGCCAACUAAAUGCGUACAAUUUACACCUGUAUACCCACCCUGAAGAGACACCAUACUGCUGUGAACAAUGUGGGAGGGAUUUCAGUGACCAGAGCUCAUACAGAAAACACCUGCGUGACCACACUGGACCAUACCAGUGUGACCAGUGUGAAAAGAGUUUCAGUUACUUCAGUAUUUACAAGAUACACAUGCGUGUCCACACUAAAGAAAAGCCAUACUGCUGUGACCAGUGUCCAAAGAGUUUUAGUUUUUUAAGUUCUUACAAACGGCACCUGCUUAGUCACAGUGGAGAGAAGCCCUAUCAGUGUGACUUUUGUGGAAAGAGUUUCACUCAGUCAGGGCAUUUCAGUUUGCAUCUGCGUAACCAUACUGGAGAGAAACCAUAUGAGUGUGACCAAUGUGCAAAGAGUUUCAGUGACUUAAGUAGUUACAAGAUUCACCUACGUGUCCACACAGGAGAGAAACCAUAUUGCUGUGGCCAGUGUGGUAGAAGUUUCUCUCAGCUGGGUAAUUACAAGUCCCAUUUACGUAUUCACACUGGGGAAAAACCGUUCCGCUGUGAACUAUGUGAGAAAAGUUUCUCUAUUUCUAAAACAUAUAAACAACACGUGCGCACACACACUGGAGAGAAACCAUAUCAGUGUAAGGAAUGUGGCAAAGGUUUUGGUCGCCUGAGCAAUUAUAUGCGGCACCUUCGUAUCCACACUGGAGAGCAACCAUUCAGUUGUGACCAGUGUGGGAAAUGUUUCAACAGUUCGUAUAGUUACAGUCGCCACCUGCGUGUCCACACUGGAGAGAAACCAUACUGGUGCUCACAGUGUAAGAGGCUUUUCACACGGUCACAGUCUUUGAAGAAACACCGCUGUGUUGAAAUAGAUGAAGAAAGUUCAACUUUGUGUACCAAAGAAGCACUUGUUAGCUGCUCAUCAACAGAAUUAACAAACUAGAACCAGUAACAACCACCAAAAUAAACUAGAGUGUGUGUAUUCAUGGUAAUGAAGAGACAUGUCAGUCAAUACUACAGUUUGGCUCACUUAGGUAUUUUCAAUGUUUUUUGGGGAACAAUGGAGCUUUGUGGCAGGAUAUAGCAGACUCUGAAUACACACACAGUGCUUGUUAGGAGGAUCAGUUAAAUUUUGGUUUUGGUCUUUCCAUGUGCCCUUUUGACACUAAAAGAAAUAUGGAAUAUAUCAUCACACUUAUAUUAACCAUGUUUCUUUUCUGCUCCGAGUAAGGUUAAAGGAGAUAAUGAAAAGGCCCAAAGUGCAACGUUUUUAAAGGGUAAGUUUGUAAGUAUACUUGGUUGUUACUAUUUCAUUCUUUUUGGUCUUCUGUAUUCGGAAUUGUAUAAUAUACCAGAGAAUGGAUAAUUGAAGCCAUUAUUUGUAAAAUUGGGAAAUGUCUUACUUUGGUUCCAUCUGGUGGAAGAAGAAUGGCACUAUGACUUUGAAGGGUGACUGAGUUUUCUCAUUGAAUAGCCCUCUGGCUCAGUAUAGUAAAAUACAUUUAUUUUUUCCAUGAUAUUGAUAAUAAGUUGACUCAUUCAAUGCAGUUAUUUUCAAGGGCCUGAGCAACGACUGGUGCAAGGACCCUAAUGGAAUUGCUAUUAUUAUCAUCCAUGCAAAUGAAUCACAUUUUUGAGGGGCUAGACAUGCUAGAAAACUCAUGAAAUUUUGCACGUGUCAGACUUGCUGAAAAUUUAGAUAUUGUAUAGGUGUUGCACAUGGUUGUGGCAAAAUGGCUAGAUAGCGCCCCCUAAAAAAUUUCAAGGACUUAGUUCUUGAAAUACGUGUCACCUACAUAUACGAAAAUUGGUAGCCGCGUGUAACAUCCCAUAACUUACAAAAAAGCCUCUUGGAGCCAUACCCGAAACCCAUCAGGAAGUCAGCCAUUUUGAAUUUAAUGUGCAACUGUGGCGCAGUUUUUGGCCUUUACAGGCAUUGUACUUUAACAAACUCCUCCUAGAGAAUUGAACAGAUUGACUUCAAGUUCGGUCAGUUCAAUAUCAAGACCUUUGUGAUGUUAAAUUGUGAAGCUUUUGAGAUGUUGUUGAAUGGCGUGUCCAUGGCAGCAUGGUGAAUUUCAGUGUUUCUCCAUGAAAGAGGAAUUUGUUGUAACUCAAAUAUACAUUGUCCAUUGUGCUCCAAACACGUUUGAUAAGAGUCCUGGCCUGAAGACACAUACAGGCCAAUACAGAAUAAUAGUAAUAAUGCCACCUACUGCCAACAGGAAGUAAGCCUUGUGUGACAAAUCAUCAUUUUAUUUACAUAAACGUUUCAUGAUCUUGUCUACACUUGAUCUACAACAACAUAUGCUAAGCUUGUGCUUGUUCUCUUGAACCACGUUCUGGACAUAGGAAUUAAUACAAAAUGUGCAAAAGAUCUGCCGGCAGGCACUCUAUGCAGGAAAUAACAUCUUAUUCGUUCACACAGUCUCCAAUGCUAGCAGAAGUGCACAUGUGUGUCAACAUGCCACCAGCGUUGGCACCCCGCCAGCACCCCUGACGUGCACGACGGUGUUGGGGCCUGAUCAACGCUGCUUGCUGCUUUAAUUGUAAAAAUGUCACGCUUAUGAGAGGCCUUUAACCUUGUCAAAUGCUCCAUGUUUACAUCAGUCAAGCUGUCACUCCAAUAUAUUGUUCAGAAUUUUGUUCGAGAUACUCACACCAUUGAAAAAAAUACAUUUGAAAGACUCAAUACCAGUGUAUGUUCUUGAGUAGUACUCUGUAUAUAAGUAGAUGUUUAAUAAAUAUUGUUGUUAAUAAAUGCAAGUUCAACUCACAGGUGGAAACAUUGGAAACAAAGUGUGAAUGGUGAUGAGACAGUGCCAGGAACAUCUCUUAAAACAAAGUUUGAAAUCUUUGAGAACAGGUUUUGCUUUUGCUUUCUCUUUGAUGUUUUCAAAUACCAAAUUUGCAGUAGCACUCCAGAGUCACAACUAGAUUGAUAUCCAUCAGAGCUCCUCUUGCAUAAUAUCUGUACAAAGUGGUCAAUUACAUGAAACAAAACAGUACACUGUUAAUGACUAUUGUAUAUUGUGUAUGCUAUUACAAUUUCAGUAAGGAGAGAGAAUUGUAUAACAGUAUUUAAUGAGGUAACAACAGAGGGAAGUUUUGGUGAUUUGACUCUGAUGAUGAGAAGCAUCUACAUGAAGUAAAAGGGGCCCAAUGAAGAUAGGAGAUAGGAUGUGGUCCCCUCGAGCCUAGACACUGGCGGUGGUAGAAAAGAGCAAGCAGGUGGACAGUGGACACUUUCUUUGAGACUCCCUGGAAGUUCUUGAUGUCAAGGUGGAGAUGGGGAGGAGGUGGGUUGCGCAAUAGGAGAGCUGAAAGAUGUCUAGACAGAAAUUCAAUGACGGUUUAAGACUGAUACUGAAGAGGAUGAAAAAUUGAAGCCAUCAAUAUGCGAAUAUAUUAACAUGCUGUAAAAUAAACCCUGAAAUAAAUGACUUA